AUUAUAUUGCCAUCUGCUAAAACGAAGGGUUUCAUUGUUCGAUUGUUGAUAUCACAAGCUGCAGUAUGUCAGAACAAGAAGCUGGAACGUCAGCUGGGAGCUCAACCCCAUCUGGGAAUGGCAAGAAGAAAAGAAGGCUAAACUACACCAAAGAGGAGCAGUUGCAGCUGGUGGAAUUCGUAAAGAGACGAAAAGGGGACCUGUUCGGGAAGGCAGGGUUUUGUGGAGUGAAGAAUGACCAGAGAAAGCAGAAUACCUGGAAGGAACUUGCCACGGAAUUAAGGAUUUGUGGUGGUUCUGAGAGAGAUUGGAGAGAAUUGAAGAAGAAGAGGCAGGAGCUGAAGAGCAGGGCUCUUAAAUGCACGGCCCAUGCCAAGCUCACAGGUGGAGGACCCCCAAAGUCUAUUGAUUUUAUUUCUGAAAAGGUGUUGGAAGCAGUAGCAACUGAAGUGAGGGAGGGGCUGGCGAGCUCACAGAAUGAAGGUUGGUUGGGUGAAUGCACAAGCUCCCAGAAUUUGGAGGUUGCUGCCCUAGCCGAAGACACGAACCAGAACAUGGACAAUGAUGAAGAAGACUUGGGAGAUGAUAUUGGGGAUAUUCAGGUUCUUGAUAACUUGGACACAGUGACACAACUUGUUACUUGUCCCCCUGAUGUUAUCCAUGCUGACCUGUUGAGAAUCAGCGGUCAGUUAGGUACAAUAAUAGAUCUUCUUGUCAUGAGACAGCGGGGAGGCAAGGAACAAUAAUGGUUCACUGUGUUCAGGUUCUCUCUUUACUAUUUUGAAGUAUUUAAAGCCUCCUUUUUAGGGUCAGCCCAUGUCAAUUCAACUC